AUGAGUACUGAAGAAGACGCUGCCAACACCCCAGUAGUGGAAACCGUUACAGAUGUCGUUGAGACCAACGAGACCGUUCCAACAGAAUCUACAGAGACAAUUGCAACUGAAGGUGUAAGUGCGGUUGCUGAACCAACUACCGAAGAGACUAAGACUAUUAACUAUGAAGAUGAAGCACACAAAUUAGAAGAUAAAGCAUUCCGUUUCUUAGCUAAACAGACUCACCCUAUCGUUCUUCCAUCUUUUGCCUCAUGGUUUGAUAUUUCAUCUAUUCAUGAAAUUGAAAAGAGAUCUUUACCUGAUUUUUUCGAUGAUUCAUCUCGUUAUAAGUCUGCUAAAUCAUACAGGGAAACAAGAAAUUUUAUGAUUAAUACUUAUAGAUUAUCUCCAUUUGAAUAUUUAACUAUUACUGCAGUGAGAAGAAAUUUAGCAAUGGACGUAGCUUCUAUUAUGAAAAUCCAUGGAUUUUUAGAGAAAUGGGGGAUUAUCAAUUAUCAAAUUGAUCCAAGAUCAAAACCAGCUUUAGUAGGACCAAGUUUUACGGGCCAUUUCCAAGUUAUAUUGGAUACCCCACAAGGUUUAAAACCUUUCGUUCCAACAGAUUCAAUUACUGAAGCCCUACCUGUAAAGAGAGAUGCAAAUGAAAUGGAUGUAGAUGAUGAAUCCAAUAUUGAAACUAAAGAACCUAAACCAUUCCCUGUUAAUUUAUCAUUAAGAACUAAUAUUUAUGAUUCUUCUAAUGAUUUCAAUGCUUUACAAUCCAAAAAUAAAAUUUCAAAACAAAUCCAAAAAACUUUUGUAUGCCAUACUUGUGGUAAUGAUGCUGUAUUGGUUCGUUAUCAUAAUUUGCGUGCUAAAGGUGCAAACUUAUGUUCAAGAUGUUUUCAAGAAGGUCAUUUUGGUGCUAAUUUCCAAGCAUCUGAUUUUAUUAGAUUAGAAAAUAAUAAUAAAAAAAAUGGUAAAGAAUGGUCUGAUCAAGAAUUGUUAUUAUUGUUGGAAGGUAUAGAAAUUUAUGAAGAUCAAUGGGAAAAAAUUGUAGAACAUGUUGGAGGACAAAAAUCUAUUGAAGAUGUUGUUGAAAAAUUCUUAACGUUACCAAUUGAAGACAGUUAUAUCAACGAUAUUUUAAAUAAAUCAAAAACUGAAAAAGAUAAAAUUACAGAAAAUGUAACAGAUGAUUCUACAUCAACUGUACAGGCAGUAGAUUUAACAAUCAAAGCAUUAUUAGAAGGUUUACAUAAGGAAACUUUGGAAAAAGAUAUUCCUGAAUCUGCUUCAAAGACUGCUGAAAAAUAUAUUAAGGAAACACAAAGUGUAAUUCAAGAAUUGGUAAAAUUAACCUUAAAUAAAUUGGAUACUAAAUUCGAUAAACUAACUAAAUUAGAGGAAACAUUAGAAAAAGAGAAGACAAAAUUAAUUACAGAAUCCGAAAAAUUGAUAUCAGAUAGAAUAUCGUUAAGUAAACAAGUCACUGAAAUGAAUGGUGAAUUGACGAAUCUAAAUAUCUCCAAGAAAUUCGUCCUAAUCUCCGACCAAGUCGAUUCUGGUAUAAAACUUGUUGAAGAUGAUAAUGAUUCCACUGAUAAAAAGACUGAAGAUGACUUAAAGAAAAGAACAGAAGCUGAGAUUGAAGCUAUAUCUAUUAAAGAACCACAAACUUAUAAGUCCUGGUCUUUAUGA